CCGCGCGCGGUUAGCAAUUGCCAGUACUCCGGUAGACGCGAUCGUGCGCGAGCUAUUUCCCGGUAACUGCUACCCGUAACUUUCCGAAAGGGGUGUGAAGAACAAAGUUGAAAAAGUUGGAAAUCCGUAUUCAUUAACGAACGCAUGCCGCUGUGCUCAGGAAUGAAAAAUAGUGGCAAUCGUCAUCUAACGAAAAUUGAAAACCGAAAAAAAUUAAUUUUUGAAAAAAAUCUUUGAAAAAUCGUCGGAUAUUUCCACCUUAAAAUUCGAAUGAUUUUUCGUUCGCUUCUACGCACUAACUUUGAAAAAUAAUUAAAAAUCGUAGCUCAGUGGUUUCAAUUAAACCGAGUGGUCGAUCCGUUCGUACGGUCUGACCUCUUCGUCUUUGACUAGGUCUGAUAAUAUGACAUAAAAUCUGGAGUCUGAGGGAGUGUCUUCUGCCCGGAAAUGGGUGACACCGAUGCAAAGGGAGAUUCCAACUGUUUACGCGCCAGGUUGUUGACCUGGUUUCUCCUCGCUCAAGUUUUCGUUCAAAUUGGAGCGUUUGCCUUUCUUUAUUCAUGGGUGGCGAGGGUGGAACACGAUAUUCGGAACAUCGAAUGCCCCUCGUGCGCCUCAGAUGACGUAGAAAAUACGAUGAACGUCAUGGGAGGUGGCGUUCCUUCUGGUUCCCGCCAAAAACGAAGCGGCCCCGUAUUCGACGACAACGCGGUCUCCGAGACUUUUAAGUCGAGGGAAGACACGGAGACGCACCGUCGCAGACAACAUCCACAUCCCCAUCAACAUCAACAACAUCAACAACAUCAACAACAUCAACAACAUCAGCAACAUCAACAACAUCAGCAACAUCAACAACAUCAACAACAUCAACAACAUCAACAACAUCAACAGCAGCAGAGGGACAAAGGUGACAAGGGUGACCAUUCCGAUUCGGGCAAUCCCGAGUGGUUUUGGAUAUCAACCGACACUCGCGUACCGUCGGAAACCAUCAUAGAAAAUCUUUGCCGAUCGGCCCGAGAUUUCUGUCCUCACGGUCUGCCGGGUGUUCCGGGGAAUCCCGGACCACCGGGCGAUCGAGGACUCCCCGGUAUUCCCGGACAAACUGGACCGAUGGGUCCGAUCGGGCCGCAAGGAUUCCCCGGACUGAGAGGCCCGAAGGGGGAGGUGGGAAUGCAUGGUCGCGACGGUCGCGAUGGCGUUCCUGGAGAGCCGGGACUCGAAGGUGUCCCAGGAAGAAGUGGACAAGACGGAAUACCCGGACACAACGGUACCGCAGGUCUCAACGGAACACCCGGUCAACCUGGAAGGAACGGGGUAGACGGAAAACAAGGACCUCAAGGACCUCCCGGUCCCACCGGAGCCCAAGGACCCAAGGGGAUCGCUGGUCCUCGAGGAUACAAAGGAAGACCUGGAACUAAUGGAACGAAUGGUUUGCCCGGCGUAACCGCAUAUCAAGUUAAAUUAGCGAAUGGGUCCUAUAGCAACCAGAUGCUCAUACCUCCUUCAAUUCUACGAGACGGUAGAGUGAAUCGGGUCAUUCCAGUUCUUGAGGGUGCGAACGUUCGGAUGAGAUGUGCAGCGAGCGGAAAUCCCCCACCCGUAAUACAGUGGUCCAGAGCUGACGGCGACGCGAUAGAGUUGGGUUCAUGGAGCAUGACUUCGGUAACAUCGGAGACCCUGAAUAUAACGGUGGUGAAUCGGGUCCAUAUGGGGGAAUACGUUUGCUCGGCGGAUAACGGAAUUCCACCGAUGGCAACGCAACGAUUCAAACUGGAAGUUCGAUUUCCACCUCUGAUCAAAAUUCGGGGUCAGAGUAUCGAAGUCAAAACGGGAGGAACGGCCGUCCUGGUCUGUGAAAUCGAAGCUUUCCCCGAGCCCGUCACGUACUGGGAACGGGGGGAUGGUAGUCUUCUGGAAAAUUCGGACAAGUAUCAAAUCGCGCUGGUGGACAAGAAGAGCGGGUACAAGGCGAAAAUGCAACUCAACAUCACCGGGGUAUCCAGUUCCGACCAUGGCUUCUAUCACUGCACAUGUAAAAACGAACUUGCCGUAACAAGAGGCGUUUUCACCGUUCACGAAAUGCACAGGCGACCAACGAGCGGAAAUAUCGAUCCUUCGCAGAUCGUUGUUUACGGUGCACAACCUCCGAAGAAACAAGACCUCGAUGACCUCUGUCCAGCUCCUCCGGAGUGCGAAGCUUGCACGAAAUAUCCGAGGUGUUCCUCAACGGAUGUCUCACUGUUUUACGAAACUGGAGGUCGUCCGGAGAUACGACCCAUAUCAAAAGAUGUCAGAUACUCAUAUUUUCCACCACGAUUACUCGACUGCCUUCUGUACGCCGUUGGAAAACCGGUGUAUCUCAGAACAACCGAUGAUUAUCACGGAAGUUGGAUGCGAGAUUCGUCACCGAAGAGUGAAUCGGUUGCCGAAAAAUUUUGGGUCACCAGGGAUCACGAUAACAGACACAUACACGAGUACUCCAACAAAACGGCAUUCAGAAUGGGAUCGCCGAGGACCAUCGAACUCCCUUACAGAUUCAAGGGUAACGGGCAUGUAGUUUACAACGGUUCUUUCUACUACAAUCCUGAAGGACGUCCGUCUAUAGUCCGUUUCGAUCUUCCAUCCGGUGAUACCGUGAGGAAUUCUACAAAGGAACUCGAACUUCCCGGACUAGAUUAUAACGGAACGAACUACCUUUACACACCUGGUCAUAAUUUUAACUUCGUUGACUUCAACGUCGAUGAGAACGGUCUUUGGGUAAUAUACUCAGCUAGAUCAACGAAUAACACGGUCGUAAUGAAGGUUAAUGCCAACAGUAUGACGCCCGAGCACUCCUGGAAUAUCAGCAUUAACCAUCAUCAAUUUGGUGAAAUGUUCAUUGUAUGCGGAGUACUCUACGCCGUCGACAGUGUGACCGAAAGUACGACAAAAAUACGCCUGGCGCUUGACCUCUACAAAAAUUUAUCGCUCGAAGUAAAUCUCUCGUUUUCAAAUCCAUUCCGAAAAACGACGAUGAUCAGUUACAAUCACAGAACGAAGGAAUUACUUACUUCGGAUAAGGGUAUCCAGCUCACAUACCCCAUAAGAGCUCAUGAAAUCGGGUACAACACGACUAAAGAAGAUAACAGGGAAAUGGAGCCCAGCGCGCAGAUGCUUACGGGCUACGAUGUUUCGAAUAACAGAUCUCACUACGGUCCCGGUUCCUAGAUAAAUUUCGUGAUAAAUUUUCACGUCGAUCGAUCUCUUCUAUUUUUAGGGGAGGAGAAUCAAAAGAAUCAUAGGAUAAAAAAGAAGAAGGAAACAAAUCCCAAGUGAGCCGAGAUUGAAAAUAAAAGUAAAAAUGGUAAGUCAUUGAAUAUUUGUCAAUUCUCAAGCAGCCUCUCCUACCGGCAUCGGAUAAUCUGUCUCGCCACGUAUUUUGUACCAAAGAAAAAAGAAAAAAAAAACGAAAAAAAAUAACGGAGAUACUAAGAAUAAAAAAAAAAAAAAUGUUAUUUUAUUAAACCUGUGUAUAUACGGUAUAUGUAUCUUUGAAUAAUGUAACGUAGAGUAAUGACGUUAAUUUUUCUAUGGCUCUGUAGGCAGGUAUUUGGAAAUACGAUUUCGUACGGACGCCAUGAAAAUUGCAAAAUAACCAGCGACCGUAUCCCUCAUUGUAAUUAUCUAACCGAUUUAAUUGUAUAUAAAAUAAAAAACUGAACGAACGGCGAACUUUACUCACCGGUAAAACGAGAUGAAAAAAGGAAAACAAAAAAAAUUAACGAAUAAAUGAAAUAGAAUUCAGA